CUAAAUUGAGUUAUAAUGUCAAGGCCCUGUUUCUACAGGGCCUUGAACAUUUUAGCAUUUCACUGAACCUCUGUGCAAGUAAUUAUGCAGUUUUUCUGUGGGCUAUGAGUCAGGGGGAUUCAAAUGGCCCGAGAGUUUAAUGAGAUAGUAACAUAAAAACAUUAGUCAUUUGGCUGCCCACUUUCUCCACCUGCUCCCCCACGGGAUGUUGUUGAGAAUCACAUCGGAAACACCUGCUUCGAGCCCAUUUACAAAGUCAGUAAAACAGUCAAUCAAGCUGAAGAGCUGGUAAAACAUGACUGUGCCCUUGAAGCAUUGGCCACAACGCUUGUCUAUUUAUUGAGCCUAUAAUUCACCUGUGACUGCCUGUUGAUUUGUCACACUUAGAAGGGAUGGGACUGUGGAUAUUGCUGAUGGCUGUUUUGGCCAGCAAAAGUGUGUGUGUGUGUGCUGUGGGGAGCAUGCAGGAGGAGGGAAAGACUACAGCUGGAAGUAUAUAACCAAGUUGGGACCAACAGAGCAUCUACAACUCUUCUUUCCACCUGAGGACCACCGUGCGAAUCCGAUCCACUUCCAGCAACAGCGACCUGUAGUGAUGAAGUGGAACCAUCUCCUGUCCUGGGCCUUCCUUCUCGUGGCCACCGGCCCACUGCUGGCCCACCCCGUCACAGACUCUGCAGAGAUGCCCUACGCAGGACCUGUAUCAGUGGAGGAUGGAGGAGUUGGCGCCUUGGAUGAUCUGACGCUCUCUGAGCAAAUCUUCCCUCCUCAGGAUGGAGGGCUCAGAUAUUCCACUCUAAUAUCUGGGGAGUUUAACCGAGAUGGUGUGAGAACAGGCCUGCUCCCCAGGGGGAUGAAAAGAGAGGUCCUAUUGGAGAAACAGAGUCUCCUAAAUCCUUUCAGCCAUGUGCUGGGCAUCCGGAAGCAGUUCAGGAAGCGAGCGGGGAAUUCUGAGUGUUUCUGGAAGUACUGCGUCUAAAACGGUCAAAAGACGUGAAUGCUACUCAAGAAACAGGGCUGGCACUUAAACAACGAUUCUUAUCUUGCACUCACAUUAAAACAUGCAGACCAAAUAAGAAACAUCAUACAUGUACUGUAUAUACUGUAUGUGCACACAUGCAUGCCCAGGUGCAUCACACAUCCACACUCUCUUACAUAAGCGCUGUCAGCAUUUGUUCACAAAAAGAACAAUGCCAUAGGUACGGUUGAGACAAGUUGCUUGCAGACUUUAAGAUCAUUUAUUGAGAUAUCUUGUAUGUUGUGUGAAACUAUAUUAAUGUACACACAUUUGUUAAAAGUCCUUGGUUGUUUAAUGUGAGACAAAAUGUCUUUAGUUGUAAAAGUCAAAGGUUAUACAACACUGGAUGUUGGAUAGAAUUAAAACUUAAUUAUAAAUACUGUAUUUGCAAGUUGUCUUUUCUUGAUAAAAGGUGUUGGUGAGAAACAUAUUGGCAGCAGAAGAAACCGCUGUCCCUUUCCUAAAGUAAAAUAAGAAACA